GCCUUUCUGCUCUCUCAUUUUCUCUCUUCUUUUUCUUUUCACUUGUGAACCAAACUUUAGAUUUUGAUUUCUCACUCAUCGCUUAUCGGAUUGAGGGGCCGUUUGAGGCAAAACGAAGCUCGUGUCAGGCUCUAUACAUCCAUACCAUCAAUUUCCAGCUUUGGGCACCUAUUGGAGUGCGAAUUUGAAACCCAUUUCUAGGGAUUUCGCUUGAUUUCGGGGUAGGGGCAUCUUAAUCCAUCUACUUCUUGUCCCAUUGUGAAUUAUAUAUCUCUUAUGUGCUAACAUGCUCUACUUGAGAUUUUUUUUUUGUGUUGAUGAUUUCUUAAAUGUGGUCUAGAGAAUUUCAUGACUUUCAUUUUGAUUGGUUCCAUGUAAAAAGUAUGUCUAGAUUGUAGCUUUGUGAUGUUAAAUGUGCUGUUGAUUUAAUUGAAGAUGAUGAACAUGAUAUAUGCCUAGAUGUAUUAUGUUGUGCUUAAUUGUGUUGUUACUCCAUUCGAAUAUGUUGACAUGUUAUAUGUUUAAGUUAUGGAGUAAAAUUUUGUAUGUUAUAAUAUUGAAGGCAUGUCACAUAUACAUACAUGCAUGCUCAUGUCAUUGGGAUGCAUAAAAAGGGGUGAAUUUGUCAAUGGAAUGAAAUGGGGAAUUUUGGGAGAUGAUGGUUUUGUGAAAUGGUUUUGAUAAACCCGAUCGCUACGGAGUUACCAAUGGGCCGGUAGGUUAAUGUAACCUAGAGGGAACUAAGGAGAGUACCCUAGCGUGGUUGAGCUAUUCGGGCCCCUCGACGGCGCUGUGGAGUCACCAAAGGCCUAGGGACGGUAGCCAAUCCUUUUCUCGUCGCGGCGAAGUUACCAAAGGGGGUUACAUUAACAUUUGAAAGUGAUGGUUUCGAGAAUGAAAAUGGGGAGUGACAUUGGCAUGCAUUUGCAUUCAUUGCAUUGCAUUGAUUAUAUUGGGAAAAGACUUGUGUGUUGUAUAAGAUCCCCUACGUUGAAUGAUCUCUAUUUCCCAUUGGCCUAUUCUUUGCUUGAAUUCACAAGGACACAAGAUUUGUGUCUUAAGUGUCACCUACUGAGCAUAUAGCUCACCCUACUAUUUAUACAUUUUUUUUUUUUGACGACAACCCACCUCAAACUUGAGCGAUACUAGAAGCUCACUUUUGUGUCUUUUGUAUAUUCCCCAUUAUUUUUACAAAGCACUAAAAGUGUAAAGGUAUAUAUAUAUAUAUAUAUAUAUAUAUAUAUAUAUAUAUUGCAAAACUUUGUUAUGUAAUGUAACUAAGGUAUUUGAUGGUAUUUUGGAUGGGAAUUUGGUAGCAUGUAACCUUGUUGAUGAAUGGGAAUGAUAAUUUUAGUUAAAGUAAUUAUCGGUGUUAUUUGACUGUGUAUGAUCAUAUACUGUUGCCGUGAAUUCAGAAAUCAGUUGCAUGACAGGUUAAGAAGGCAUUUAAACAAGUUACGGUAGGUCCAUAUUUCGGGGAGGUUAUGCCGAAUUUAAUAAAAAAAAAAAAAAAAAAAGAAACAAUGGUAUCAGUUAAGGGUUGUUACAAUUCAUUUCCAUGUUAUUUUCAUUUUCAAUAUACUUUUGGAGGCUGCCCUUCCUGCCUCUGUCUUCCGUGCCAUCUCCCGUGCCUACUCCAGAAAUUGGUAGGUGGUAAUUACCGAACAUGUUUUUUUGUUUUACAUCGAAUGAAUUGGUGCAGUGUUCAUGUAAUAGAAAAAAGGGUUGCUAAAGAACUCGUUUUGUAUUGGGAUUAGAAACCAAUUUAGUUGCUAAAGAGCCAAUUUUUUAGGGUAAUGAAGUGGAAACCGUGACACUGAAAGAAAUUCCUCUCCCAAGGUUUUAGGGUAACGAAGAGGAAACCGGUUGCUUUGAGCCUAGUCAACUGCUAUUUUUAGAAAGUGUUUGGGAAUCACGAAGUAGUAACAAGCUUAGCACAUUCUCAUCAGUCUAUUGCCACUUGUAAAAAUGGAGCCCACAAGCUCUUCACAUAAUCUUUGUCAAAUGACACAUGCCUCUCUGCCAUAUUGUCCAUACAAGAACCCGGAAGGUAAUGCAUGAAUAUCGCUGCUUGUUCUUAAAUUUCCCUAUCCUUUUGUAUGUUAUAGAGAUGCACAAAGAAACAAACACAACACAGACUUUUCUAGAGAUCACAAAGCAGGAACCCCAAAAACUGUUCUCCUGGGUUGGCAUCAAUGGCUCAACUAAGCUUGCCGAGGUUCCGUGAUAGCCCUAAAACUCCCCGGGCUCGUACCUCCCCAACUGUUGAACAGCUUCUCCAAGUUGACUCUUCAAGGUGGCCAUCAUCUACAUCACCUACACUUGGGAAGGAUUACGACCAAGAAGAAGAUCAUGCCCACCAUAACAAGAAAUCUGUUCUCGCUAAAGUGAAGGAGAAGGCUAAGAAAUUGCGACACUCCCUCAGCAACAGGAGGAGGCAGCAGGGACAUGAUGAUUGUGUCACACCCACAUGGGGUGUUAGCUUGGAUGACUAUGAAGAUGAAGAAGAUAAUAAGGAUGCUGAAUAUCUUGGAGCCCCAAUGUAUGAAUCGGAGCUAGCACCUGAUCAGUACAAAGAGAAAGCAAGGCAGCAACCAAGAGCAGUUCCUAUGGCUUCUGAGAAGCAUGUUUUGCCAAUCAGUGACAAGCAUGAACUCGAGGAGGAAAAGGAGAAGCCUCCUACUCCUAAGAACAAUAUUCCUGGUCCUAAGAACAAGACUCCUGGCCCUAACAACAAGACCAUAAGUGAAACCGUGUCUGAGAAACUGGCACCAGCAUAUGCUGCGGUGUCCGAUGCAACUCAAACAAUAACUUCCAAGAUUGCAGGCCUGACCAUUGCAAACCCCAAGGCACCAGAAACUAAAGAAGAUGCUGCUAGUGGCACUCAGAAGUCAGGACGAGCACUAGAAACUAAAGAGCAUACUAGUGGUGGUCAUCAAACAUGGGAUAAAGGUGUUUCGGUGAAGGAGUAUUUGAUGAAUAAGCUUGAGCCAGGGGAAGAUGAGAGGGCACUUUCUCAGGUCAUAACUGAGGCAAUUAGCCCAAAGAAAACUUCCAGUAAUGCUGGUGUGGUGGAGAAGGUGAGAGAGGCUAUGACCUCAUUGCUUCAUUCCGGGGAAUACACUCAAUCACCAAUAAAGACUGCAACUUCAUCAUCACCCAUUCCUGUUUCUACCAAUGCAUGUGAAGUUGUUGAGGAAGAAAACCAGGGAAGGAUACUCCAAGCCAAUUGAAGAGGAACAUCUGGUCACCUGCAGAUAUAGAAAUGGUUUUCUGGAUUUAAUACACCAACAACAGCAACUACAACAACCAAUCAUUUUUCUCAAUUACUUGGGGUCAGCUACAUGAAGCCUAUGUUUCCAUUUUGCGGUUUUCUGGAUUUAGUGUAGAAGGUUUCUCUAAUAGAUAAUAAAGUCUAGCCGAUGAUCAUUUCCUCCAUUGGUAUAAGACUGUUUUGUAUAUUUAGCUAUAUUUAUAGUUUUCUACACAAAUGUAUAUUGACAGUAAAUUGUUUUUGCAGCUUCAGAAAAGUAGUAAACAUUAAAAUUAAGAUGAAAUUGCACCAUUGAUGCAUAUUAAUG